AUGGGUGGAAGACGCGUCGUUAUAUGCGCGUACUACGGUAGUCAGGACCAAAACCCGCCACUGAGUACGGAUAAGUGGGCGACGCGGUUGGGGUCGUACUUUUUUGAGCGGGCCCUCACGGAAGGCAAGGACUUGCGCUUUGACAAGAUCACUCUCUGGACUGGUAUCGAGCGCGCUGGCGGCCCAGGGGCGACAUGUGGUAGCGCGAUUAUUGGGAUAACGCGUGGGGGCGUGUUGUCAAAAUCAGUCUAUAAAUUUACGACUCCAGCCUGCCGAGUUUCAUUUACUGCUCCCGGGGUGGUCUCAUGA